CUGGUGACUGACACUGAUCUUUCCGCGUUAGUUUAAAGUGUCAGAUAUAUUCAUAUAUUUAUAAAACAACUCAACAGAGCUAUUCUAGUAGAAGCUUGGAGAUGAAGAAUGGACCUUGAGGGUUUCAAUUAACAUAUUUGUUCCACCAUUGACUGAACAUCUUCGGUGGAAUGGACUUUAACUAUCCUCCAGGGUAAUGGCACGUUUUAGGCGUAAAUCAUGUUGUGCACUUUUCGCAUUAGCCUUGGCCGUGUUUAUUAUAACAGUCAUCUUAAAGUCUCUGAGCCCUGAGGAUAAUCAAUUUGGCAGUCAGCUUGCAUUAAGACUUAUUCCACCUCCGGGACAAAUGGAACAAGAUAACAGCGUUGUUGUGUCUGCUAAACCUGCACAGAUGAUACCAGCAGAGAAAGCUGAUAGAAUGGAGAACAAAAUGCAAGAUUUUCCUGAGCCAAAUUACAAUGUGCACACUUUCUACUAUGUGUGGUAUGGGAACCCGCAGUUUGAUGGAAAAUAUGUUCACUGGGAUCAUCCACUCUUACCACACUGGGACCCCAAGGUGGCCUCAGGUUAUCCGACAGGACGACACCAGCCUCCUGAUGACAUCGGGGCCAAUUUCUACCCGGCACUAGGUCCAUACAGCUCCAGAGAUCCAUCAGUUUUAGAGGAACACAUGCGACAGCUGAGAACAGCUGAUGUUGGUGUUCUAGCAGUUUCAUGGUAUCCACCUAGUAUGAAUGACGACAAUGGUGAAGAAAUUGAUAAUUUGCUGCCUUUGGUUCUGGAUGCAGCUGACAAAUAUCAAUUGAAGGUUGCUUUUCACAUUGAACCAUACAAAGAGCGAGAUGAUGCAAAUAUGCAUGAAAAUAUUAAAUAUAUUGUGGAGCGGUAUGGAAACCAUCCUGCUUUUUAUAGAUACAAAACAAGCACUGGCAAAUUUCUUCCACUGUAUUAUAUAUAUGACUCCUACUUACAAACUCCAGAUGUUUGGGCACAGCUGCUAAAGCCAAACGGUAUAUCGACAAUCAGGAACACACUUUAUGAUGGCAUCUUCAUUGCUCUUCUUGUGGAAGAAAGCCAUAAGAAGGACAUACAGACUGCUGGAUUUGAUGGACUCUACACAUAUUUUGCCACCAAUGGCUUUACUUAUGGCUCCUCACAUCACAACUGGAGAUCCAUCAAAACCUUCUGUGACUAUAAUGACUUGGUAUUCAUUCCAAGUGUAGGGCCAGGUUAUAUCGACACUAACAUUAGACCUUGGAACUCCCAGAAUACAAGGAACCGCCUUAAUGGCAAGUACUAUGAGACCUCAUUUAAUGUGGCUGUGGAGGCAAGGCCACAAAUCAUCUCUAUAACUUCAUUCAAUGAAUGGCAUGAAGGAACGCAAAUCGAAAAGGCCAUUCCAAAGACAUGGGGUAAAACUGUGUAUCUUGACUACCUUCCUCAUAAACCUACAGUUUAUUUAGAGAUAACGCAAAAAUGGGCUAGAAAAUUCAGUGAGGAGCAGAAGAAAUGGCUGGAGUAAAGAAAAGUAAAUUAUUUUAAAGAGCAAUACUGCUUUAAAGAAGUGCUUACAAGGGCCAUGGUUUGUUUUAUUUUGUUCUGUUUGAGUUGUGUGCAGUUUGAUUUACUUACAUGCCUUUUACAACUGUGUAUGAUAACUUGACUGAUUAAAUAUUAGUACUAAAUCGUAAUCAGAGAUAUUCUACCUUGAAAUUGUAAAUAAAACCUAGUUCUACAUUAUACUGUUUUUAACUACACUGAAAAAAUGAUGUAAAAAACAAUUUUCACUCAGAAAUUGCUAGUACAUUUCACAAAUAAUUACAAAGAAAAAACAAAUAACUGAAAUAAAAAUGAUUGUUAUAAUAUACUGUGUACUUAUCUUAAAAUUGAGUUUUAAAUAGAUUACAUUUGUUUGUAAAUAUGCAUUUUAAUCUACUGUCCUAUGGAAAGUCUUUAAAGAUUCACAUGACAUUCAUAAACUUUCUUUCUCAGAACAAUACAAUAACACACUGUGUCACAUGCUUUAAAUUUUAAUGUAAGUGCAUAGUAAUAAAACCACCUAAUAUAAAGUGUGACCAACAUAACUGGCAGUUUCCCUGGCAUCAAAAUGAAAUAAAUUGAUUAUUUCUUAUAUGAAUGGAAGUUUUUAAAUGAACAAUAAUUUUUUAAAAAUAAAAAACACUGUGUUGUGCAUUUUCAUUCAAAAUAUCCAUAUAUUCCAUCAAUAUAU